UACUUUUUUACACAUUCCAUUUCCGUUGCUUCUGCCAUUAAUGCACCUCGACUGAACCGUUACUGUUGCCUUUGCCUUUGCCUGUCUAGACUAACUCUAGAUAGAUAGAUAUACAGAUUGAUUUAUAGAGAGAGAAAAAGGAGGAGGUCAGAUUCAUUCAUACAGCUUCUUCAGACAGACAGACAGACGCGGUCGAUACAUUUAUUGCCGUUGGAUCAACCUUGUGAUUCUCGUAACUCCUAUUCUCUUCUCUUCUCCUCUCUUCUUUCUUCGCUUUUUUUCUCACCAUUUCCACUUCCCCCCACCCCUUUAUUCCGAUUCAUUCAUUACAAUCCGAUCAUCACACAAAAAAGGGAUUCAUUUCAUUUCAUCUCAUUUCAACUCUCUUAACAAGGAAGAAGGGUCUUCUCCCCUCAACCAAUCUGCCUGCCUGCCGACAAUUUUCAUGACUUCUUUCAAUACCCAGAUGGAUAAAUCUCAAAGAAUGUCUGGUCCCCUCGAUCGCUUUGCCAGACCUUGCUUUGAAGGGUCCUCUUGUAAUGACGAGAGACGAGAAAGAAAGUCUGAUUUUGAGUGUUCAGAGGACGAAAGGAGGACAAGAAUUGGUUCUUUAAAGAAGAAAGCAUUAAAUGCAUCAACCAAGUUUAAGCAUUCUUUAAAGAAGAAGAGCAGCAGAAGGAAGAGUGAUGGACGAGUUAGCUCUGUGUCUAUAGAGGACAUUCGGGAUGCUGGGGAGCUACAGGCUGUUGAUGCAUUUCGUCAGACAUUGAUAUUGGAUGAAUUGUUGCCUCAUAAACACGAUGACUAUCAUAUCAUGUUGAGGUUCUUGAAAGCAAGAAAGUUUGAUAUUGAAAAGGCAAAGCAUAUGUGGGCAGAAAUGCUUCAGUGGAGGAAAGAUUUUGGUGCCGACACUAUCAUGGAGGAUUUUGAAUUCAAUGAGUUGGAAGAAGUCCUAAACUAUUACCCUCAUGGUAAUCAUGGUGUGGAUAAAGAGGGGAGACCUAUCUAUAUCGAGAGACUAGGGCAAGUGAAUCCCAACAAACUUAUGCAAGUCACAACAAUGGAUAGAUACGUAAAGUACCAUGUCCGAGAGUUUGAGAGAAGCUUUGCAGUCAAGUUCCCAGCUUGCACUGUUGCUGCAAAAAGACACAUAGAUUCGAGCACAACUAUCUUAGAUGUCCAGGGAGUGGGUUUGAAAAACUUAACUAAGAGUGCUCGUGAAUUGCUUAUGCGACUUCAAAAAGUUGAUGGUGACAAUUAUCCUGAAACACUACAUCAAAUGUUUGUCAUCAAUGCUGGCCAUGGUUUUAAGCUGUUGUGGAAUACUAUUAAAUCUUUUCUAGAUCCCAAGACUACUGCCAAGAUUCAUGUUAUUGGGACCAAGUACCAGACCAGGCUGCUAGAGGUUAUUGAUGCCAGUGAAUUGCCGGAGUUCCUUGGAGGUACCUGUACGUGUGCUGAUGAAGGGGGUUGUCUGCGUUCUGAUAAAGGGCCUUGGAAGAACCCUGAAAUCAUGAAGAUUGUUCUUAGUGGUGAAGCAUGUCGGUCUAGACAAGUGGUUAAAGUUCUAAACAGCGAGGGAAAGGUGGUCGCCUAUGCCAAACCUAAUUGCCCAAUGUUAAGAGGUAGUGAUACCUCCACCGCUGAAUCAGGAUCUGAAGCUGAAGAAAUGUCUUCACCAAAAGCAACCAGGACCUAUACUCAUCUCCGGUUGACUCCAGUCCGUGAAGAAGCUAAGGUGAUUGGGAAAGCAAGUUAUGCUGGAAGUUUUGGUUAUGAUGAAUACGUUCCCAUGGUAGAUAAGGCUGUUGAUGCUGAAUGGAAGAGGCAACCGUCCUUUCAGAAUCUGUAUCCUUCAAAAGCAGAGUUAUAUCGCCAAAUUGCAAAUGAAAAAGCACCGGAAGAGAAGCGUGGUUGGAUUUUAGUUUUGUUGAUGACUUUCUUCAUGACCAUGCUUGCUAUGUUCAAAUGGGUGACAACUGGUGUAACAAAAAAGAUAUGUGAAACUAAAUCAUAUAUCAUCAACAUUCAACCUACCCUUGUUGAGUCAGAGAAGAAGAGUCAUGCUCAUUCAUCAAGAACUAAAGCAGCAUUGGCAGAGGCAGAACUUCUCUCAUCGGUUAUUAAAAGAUUGGGAGAGCUCGAGGUUAAGGUUGAUACCCUCAACGCAAAGCCCUUGGAGAUGCCUCACGAAAAAGAGGAACUGUUGAAUGCUGCUAUUUGCCGGGUGGAUGCUUUAGAAGCUGAAUUAAUUAGCACUAAAAAGGCUCUGCAUGAAGCCUUGAUGAGGCAGGAGGAGCUUCUUGCUUACAUUGAUGGUCAAGAAGAGGCUAGACUCCAGAAGAUGAUGAAGAAAAAGAAGAAGUUUUGUUUUGUUUGAAUAUGAGGUAUAUGAAUAUUCUUGGUGAUUUUGAUCCAGGAGGAACAGAGGUAAGUCUGUUGCUAAAAGGCACAAUUAAUAUGUACUGGUGGUGUGUAUACUUACUUGAGAGUGUAGUUGUUUCUCUCUUACAAAAAUUGUCUUGACUAUUAUUUCACUUGACAACAAACAAACAAACAGAUGGAACCCUAAAAAAAGGUUUAAGUUUUUCA